UGAGCGAUAUGUUCGCUCGACUCUAUGGGGCUUAGAUCAUGCCACAAUAUUCGCUGCCCGCCUUCAUGAAGCGCACGCCGAAGUGUGCGCGCUGUCGCAAUCAUGGCUGGAUCAGCAUCUUGAGGGGUCACAAGUACUUCUGUCGCUGGCGCAGCUGCGUCUGCUCGAAGUGCCGCUUCGUGAUGGAGCGUCAGCGGCGCAUGGCCGCCAAGGUCGCCUCGCAUCGCCAGCAGGCGCUAGAGAGGGCUGGCAGGAUUGUGCAUCAGCAUCUUCUAUGUGGCUACCCCACAGCUGCAGCGCAGCUCAGUGGGUGCCAGCGCCAGCAGCAGCAAGAGCAGGUUAGAUUCCAUGACAAGUGGACACUGGGCCUUGCCACACGUUCGAGCAGCUCAGCAACAAGCAAUCUGGACGUAAACCUGGCCCAGAAUUUGAGCCUGAAGAAGGGGCACAGCAGCCCGAAUGCACCUGUCGAGCACGUGCAUCUGUUGCGCUCCUUUGACCGUGGCCAUGCCCAGGUCUUUAUGCCCUAUCACCACACGCAGUUCUUGGCCGCUGCGGGGCUGCCUGCACAUCAUGCCACAGCGCAGUUGCCCCAACUGCAGCCACAGCAGCAGCAGCGUUCUCCAAUAGAUGUGCUGAUGCGCGUCUUUCCCAAUCGGCGACGCAGCGAUUUGGAGCAAGUGAUGCAGCGGUUCAAAGGCGACGUGCUGCAGGCCAUGGAGUGGAUGCUAGCUCGCGAGGCUUCCUCACAGUCAGCGCACUUCACACAGGUGUAUUCCCCGGCCCCAUUAGCCAUGAACUCCGCCUUCUCGCAGCUGGUUCCGCCCGCCGUCUUCGGUCCGCCCGCCCAUUCGCAUCCCUUCAGGCAGGACCAUGUCAAUCAUCAGCAUUUGUUCUCCUCGAUCUACAAGAGCUGCCCCCAAGUCCAAGGUUACUGCAACUUGCCUUCCUUCGAGACCUAACUAAGGUCGAUUUAGAUUAGCUAAU